AUGGUCCGCACCCUCGCAGGCAAAACUGUCCGCACCCUGAGAGCCCGAACGUCCGCACCUCGCCGAUGUGAGGACUUGCCCAAGUAUCCGCAGGCUCGUAAGAGGUAUGCGCGGGUAUGCGUUCGAAUGUCCGCACCUCGAAGGUCAAGGUCCGCUGCUGGCUCGAACGUCCGCAGGCACAAACACCAUCCUCACGUGCGAGUAUCCGUAAGAGGUAUGCGCGGGUAUGCGUUCGAAUGUCCGCACCUCGAAGGUCAAGGUCCGCUGCUGGCUCGAACGUCCGCAGGCACAAACACCAUCCUCACGUGCGAGUAUCCGUAA